GGAUGGUAUCGAAAAAAUUCAUUCGAUUUUGGGACGACCCAAUAUUAUGACCACGGGGACCAUGACCAUUGAAUCCUUCCGGGAUCAUAAUUUUCUGACAACCGAACAGCAUGAAACCCACCCAAGCAGCCCAUCUUGCCUCUCUACGACUAGAUCCACCCUGCGUCGUGUAGUCAUGCUUAACAGCAUUUUGACAGAAGACUCCUCCAUACUCGCAAAGAAACUUCUAAAGGUUGGUAAUUUUCUUCCUGCUCUGCUUCUAUUCAAACCAGUGUAUUUGUGCAGCACUUGAUACCAUGUGGUUUCAUGGGUAUUGUUAUGUCAACCCACAGCGAGGAAGACAGAUCGAUGAUACUUUGUUGACCUGGCUAUCAGACUCCACGGGCUCUCCCCGCUUGUCACAGUGCACUGCGGCGAUCGUGAGACGCCGCAAAUGCCCACUUUUCGAAAUUCUUGGUCCCGUUAAUUGAAAUCACGGAAGUUUACAAAUGGUGUCUCACACAGGGCACUUUAAACCCAGCAUUAAAAAUGGUCACCCUAGUGUUUAGUUUCUUUAUCCAGUACGAGUUUCAUUGACCACGUGGUUUAGAGUUCUUUUGCGUUCACACUUUGGCCUUAAAUUGUCUCUUUUAACCAAACAAUCACACUUUUCUCUUGUAGUGAAUUUUUCGCUCUCUUACUUGGCCGCACAGCGUAUUUGUGACCGUCACUGAUUCAGUAUUGUUAAUCGAAUAGGAACCUGUU